UUACACUUUGAGAUAACGCAAGUGCGCGAAAGUAUGUUAUUUUGCAGGUGACUAUUCAAUUCAAGGUUAUAUCUAAAGCUGUUGAACAGAAUUUGGUACUAUUUAUUUGAAAUAAGAAAUUAAAACACUUUAAUUGAGAUUAAGUGAUUUUUAAAAGUUAAAAACAUCAGGAUUAUAGAGUGUACACAAUAUAGUAAACGUGAUAUCAGAUAAUGGAAGAAACAGAAUUUAAUGAUAAACGGGCGCUUGUUACUGGGGCUGGUAAAGGUAUUGGGCGAGGUAUCGCAGUGAGACUGGCCAACCUAGGGACCAAGGUGUACGCAAUUAGCAGGACACAAACAGAUUUAGACAAUCUCAAACAAGAAGUACCGUCAAUUGAAACUCGGCUUCUCGACAUAUCAGACUGGGAAACAACUAGAAAGGUAGUGGAAGAUCUUGGUCCUAUUGACCUUUUGGUCAACAACGCUGCGGUCAUAAAACAUACACCGUUCUUUGAUGUGACAAAAGAAGAAUUAGAUGAACAACAUGAUAUAAAUUUCCGAGCAGCUUUUAAUAUUACACAGGUUGUAACAAAAGGAAUGGCAGAACGUGGUACUGGCGGGGCUGUCGUCAAUAUCUCGAGUAUUGCUGGAAUACGUACAACGAUGAACCAUUCUUGCUACAGUACCUCAAAAGCUGCCUUGGACAUGCUAACAUUGUCACUAGCACACGAAUUGGGACCUAAAAAGAUACGUGUGAAUAGCGUCAAUCCAACUGUCGUUAUGACUGAGAUGGGAAAACGUGGAUGGAACGACCCCGAAAAGAAAGCUGCGGCCCUCGCAAAAAUACCAGUUGGGCGUUUCGCUGAAAUAGAAGACAUUGUGAAUGCGACGGUGUACCUCUUGAGUGACAAAUCUUCUAUGAUAAAUGGAGUGGUAUUGCCGGUAGAUGGUGGUAUGAUAAACAGCUUUAUAUAGAAAAUGCAAAUGCAUAAACUCAUUAGAAUAUCUCUGUAUAAUAAGAGGAGAUUCCGCGUACAUGAAAUAAAGGAAUUAUUUUGUGAUGAGAUUUGUAUCGAGAUGAUCUUCAAUGAAGUUUGCAGUAUUACUUCGUGAGAUAUUUGGAACAACAUGUUAUGAUCUUUGAUUACUUACACGUUUUCUGUAAAUGAAUAAAAAGUCAAAUGAA